AAGCCACUUAUCUCUUCCAUCCACAUCAUAUCACCAUGGGUUCUCUAAUUGAGCAGCCUUACUUUAUCCUGUUUCCUUUCAUGGCUCCAGGCCACAUGAACCCCAUGGUAGACAUUGGCAUGUUGUUGGCUCAGCAUGGUAUGAUGAUUACCAUAGUUACAUCACCCUAUAAUGCAGUUCGAUUUGAAAAGAUACUUUCUCGUGCCACAGAAUCUGGGCUCCCUAUUCAGGUGGUGAGGCUUCCAGUUCCCUGCAUUGAAGUGGGAUUACCAGAAGGUUCUGAGAAUCUGGAUAUGCUGUCUUCUCUGGACUUAUUCUUGAAGUUCAUCAGGGCAAUUGAUAUGCUGCAAGAACCACACAAGAUACACUCCUCAAAAGUUCUUGAGGCCUUAACCUCAGACUCUGAGUCCUUAACCUCAGACUCUGAGUACUUCACUGUCCCUGGCUUGCCUGACAAGGUUGAAUUCAGGAAAGCUCGAGUACCAGCUCCCUAUCACCAGGAGAGUGGAAGAAAUUUCAUGAGGAAAUAACGGAGGCUGACCUGUCAUCAUAUGGGGUUGUUGUGAACACUUUUGAAGAGUUGGAGCCAAUCUGUGUUGAAGAAUACAAGAAGAUAAGAGGA